AUGCGGGAUUACGAUGAAAUCACCGCUUUUCUCGGAGAAUGGGGACCCUUCCAGAAGUUAAUGUUCUUACUUUUGUCCCUCAAUAUAUUUCCGAACGGUUUCACUGGAAUGACUAUAGUUUUUGUCGGGGAUAUUCCUGAACAUCGCUGUUUCAUUCCCGGGAAUCUCAACCUCAGUGAAGCGUGGAUGAACCGGACUAUCCCUCUGGAACAAGCCAAGGGGAAACUCCAGUACAGCAAAUGUAGACGGUACCGGUUGGAUGUGAUCCGGAAUCUUUCGGAGAUAUUUCCUGACCCAGAUUCCGUCAAUAUUUCUGAGGUGGAACAGGAGCCCUGUUUGGAUGGAUGGGUGUACAGUAAGGGUCAGUACAUGUCCACCAUCGUCAGCGAGUGGGACUUGGUGUGUGGCAAUGACUGGAAAGGGCCAUUUUCUAUGUCAGUAUUCUUCAUGGGAGUGGUGAUUGGUUCCCUUAUUUGGGGACAGUUAUCAGACAGAUUUGGGAGGAAGAUAGCUCUGUUUGGAACUGUGGCCAUACGGACAGGAUUCAGCUUGCUUCAAGUAUUUUCUCCUAACUGGGAGCUAUUCUGCAUUUUUAAUUUCUUUGUGGGCAGUGGACAGAAUUCAAACUAUGUGACUGCCUUUGUUCUUGGAUCAGAACUUCUUGGAAAAUCCAUUCGGAAUAAAUUCUGUGCUUUGGGAAUUGGCAUUUCCUUUGCAUGUGGCUAUAUGUUCCUCCCCUUUGUAGCAUACUUCAUACGAGGUUGGCGGAUGUUGCUUUUGGCCAUGUCUUUCGUUGGCUUUCUGUACAUUCCUAUGUGGUGGUUUAUUCCUGAAUCUCCACGCUGGCUGAUUCCAAUGGGAAGGAUACAAGAGGCUGAAAAAAUACUCCAGAACAUUGCAAAGAAAAAUGGUGUUACUGCACCAGCAACACUGUUCAGUGAGCAGGAGCUUGAAGAUUUGAAUGCUCAGAGUAAACAAUCUCAUUCAUUUUUAUACUUAUUUAAAACCAGUAAUAUUCGAGCGAUCACUAUCAUAAACAUGCUGAUUUGGAUGGUUUCUGCAUCUGGCUACUUCAGCCUGUCUUUGGGCACACCCAAUCUCCAUGGUGAUGACUAUCUGAACUGUUUCUUCUCUGGUGCCAUCGAAGUUCCAGCCUAUGUAGCAGCUUGGAUUUUUCUCGAGAAGGUUUCCCGAAGGUUCAGCCAUUCAGGCUCGCUUUUCCUUGGUGGAGUUGUCCUUUUCUUCAUUGAACUCAUUCCUUCAAAUCUUGCAAUACUUUCCACAGUGCUGGUAUUGAUUGGAAAAUUUGGGAUCACUAUUGCCUUCGGCAUGGUUUAUCAAUAUUCUGUUGAGCUGUAUCCAACUGCAAUAAGAAACAUAGGUGUUGGAAUGGGAUCUACCGCUUCCAGAUUUGGAAGCAUUAUUUCACCUUAUGUAUUCUAUCUUGGUACUUAUCAUGAAUUUCUGCCUUAUAUUGUGAUGGGGUGUGUCGUAGUGACAUCAGCAUUUGCAGUCUUGUUUCUACCUGAGACCAUCAAUAUUCCGCUCCCAGACACGAUUGACCAGAUGCAGAAAAUAAAGCGAUUCAAGUUUAGAAGGCAUGACAGAAAUCUCAAUCAACGUCAUGAAAAUGGAACAAUUGGGGAAAACGUUACAGUAACCAGCAAAAUUGAGAAAAUUUAACCUAUCUCUGGCCAGAAAUCAGAAACAAUGGAAGAUUGGAUAAUAAGUUGUUUAUUCCAAGUUUUUCUCACAGAGUAACAAUAUCUCCUAGUGAAUGCAAUGCAAUCAAGCUACCGUAGGAA